AUGGACGCCAAGAGUCCAGGUCGGUAUAAUGCAUUAAGUCGCUUCCGUAUCAUCGAGAACAUCGGGGUCGGAGCAUACGGAAGCGUAUUCAAAGCCUUCGACCUUGAAACAAACGAAGUUGUAGCUUUGAAGAUUCUCAAAGCCUACGAUCAAAAGGAGAGCCUUCCUCUCUCCUUCUAUAGGGAACUUGGAGUUCUCCAGAACUUCAAACAUGAAAACAUCGUCUCCUACGGCGGUGUAUUUAGGUAUCCACAUGAAAUCUGUAUCACUUUGGAAUAUUGUGAGACAGAUCUUCAGAAACAACUCUCUUGUCAACCUCUGCUUCAGCCAAACCAGGUGAAGCACCUAAUGCGUCAACUUCUUAGCGGUCUUGCCGAACUCCAUCAGGCAGGAUACGCCCACCGUGAUCUUAAAUCCUCCAACAUCCUUAUUAAAGGAGGGCGCACUCUCAAAAUCACAGAUUUUGGCUUAUCACGGCAACUUAAUUCAAAACAACUAACUUCAAAGGUUACAUCGCUCGCUUACCGUGCACCCGAACUAAUCCUUGGUUCCAAAGACUAUACCACUGCAAUCGACAUCUGGUCUGCAGGAAUUAUCUUUUAUGAGCUUUGUACCGGAGAAAAGUUCCCAUCUGCUUGCAGCGACCUUUCUCAAUUGGACAAAAUCUUCCGAGUGACCGGAACACCCUCUCCAUCAUCAGAAGAUGAAAAGUCGCCCGAGAUUCAAUCAGAUGGGGACAUCCUUUGUCACCUUCCUAACUGGCGUCUAGCAUCCAUGCUCCAUAUUUAUCCAAGAACGCUCGAGCAGCUUCUUAAGGAUAAAUUACCACCGGAGCUCGCAGAUGCCUUUGAUAUCAUUACAUCCAUGCUCAGCUUGAACCCAAGCAACAGGCCUAGCGCCGUAGAGCUAUUGCGGAAUCCUUUCUUCUCCGUUUCGGAGGAGAUUUCUCCACUCGCACUCCCAGAGAUCAAGUCGGCUCACGAUACAUCGUCAUUACGUGCACCGUUAAAGAGACCGAUGCCAAUUCUCUUGGAGUGUAACUGA